CGUGACUCUACUUCAGAGGCCGAUUCCUCUUGUAAUUCUCCGCCAUUUCCGCCAUUUUACAUCAACUGUGGAACAUCAACGUCAACCUGACAUUGUUCCUGCGGACUGAACUUUAAGAUGCUGUAACAGGACCUGGCUCUGAGUCACUUGGAUCGGGAUCGUUUACCUGAAACCAGCUCAAUGAUUCUUUGUGUAAAGGGAGUCAGAAUGGGCAGAACACCCCUCGGUUGCAGAUGCCUCUGGUCAACAUGUUCAAAUUCAAUUCAAAUUCAAAUUAUUUUAUUUUGUUCAACCCAAGUCGAUCGGACAGAUUAUUUUUAUCAGCGUAAUCGACCUCCAGCCGUGCACGAGCUCUCCCCCCCUCGCCGCGGGUCUGGCGUAUCGAUACAGUGUGCGCGCGCACGUGUGUGCCCGUGCGCGUGAAAGGAAAAGGAAGGGGCGGUGUUCGGCUCCUAAUCCUCUUAGCGGCAUUAUGCUGAGCUCCGUUCCAGCCCUGACAUGCCGUGCGCCCUUGUAGCUCCCCAAACCCCGCAGUCAGCAUCUCUGCGCCCGUUACGCACAGCUGGAGGGACCGUGUGUGUGUCGGAGGGAGGGUGGGGGGCAGAAGGGGGGAGGUGAGGUGAGGGGGGGGGGGCGGCGAGGGCUCGAGCAGCCGGCGCUACAGUCCUUCCACAGACCGAUGCUGCCCGCUUGCAAAAGAUGAAACCCACUCUGCGUAUGUGCGUGUGUGUCUCCUCCCUGUCGGCGGCGUCUUCUCGCCAAACAACUGAGCCGGAACCAUCGAGGAACAGCAAUGCAUCUGACUUAACUUCCCGCCUGGAGUCCAGACCACCGGGCCAAUGAAGGUGCACUCGCCUCCGAGGAGGAGACUCAAGCGCAGCCGCGUCCUCCUCCUCGUCUCCGGCGUGCUGAUCUGUCUCGUCUACGCGCUGACCCUGAAGGCUUCCCCCCGGGCCGGUGACGCCCUCGCCGAUGACGUCGUGGAGGUCAGUGUUCGGGAGUCGACGGCGUCCAACGAGACGACCUGGGAGGCGGCUGUCCCCCCCGAGAGCGCCACACCUCCUCCGCUGAUGAUCGUUAACAGGACAGACAUAGAACAGUGUAUCUACGUAGAACCUCAACCCCCCAAACCUCCUCCAACUUCCCCGCCUCUGGCCAGCGCGGCCACUCCUCCUCCUCCCCCACCGCGGCCCCCCCAGAAGAAGGGCGAUUACCCCGAGGACCUCUUCUCUGUGGAGCAGCGGCAGCAGGGAUGGGUGGCCCUGCACCUGGUGGGCAUGAUCUACAUGUUUGUCGCCCUGGCCAUCGUCUGUGACGAGUUCUUUGUUCCCGGGCUGGAGGUCAUCACCGUCAGGCUGGACAUCUCUGACGACGUGGCCGGGGCCACCUUCAUGGCGGCCGGAGGCUCCGCCCCGGAGCUCUUCACCUCCCUGAUCGGCGUCUUCAUCUCCCACAGCAACGUGGGCAUCGGCACCAUCGUGGGCUCCGCAGUCUUCAACAUCCUGUUCGUGAUCGGCAUGUGCGCCAUCUUCUCCCGGGAGAUGCUGCACCUGACCUGGUGGCCGCUCUUCAGGGACGUUUCCUUCUACAUCCUGGACCUCAUCAUGCUCAUAGUCUUCUUCCUGGACAACGUGAUCCUGUGGUGGGAGAGCCUGCUGCUGCUGCUGGGCUACAUCAGCUACGUGAGCUUCAUGAAGUUUAACAGUCAGAUCGAGCACGUGGUGAAGACCCAGAUCAACAGGCACGUGAGCAUCGUCAAGGUGUGGACCGGGGAGGAGGCGGAGAAGGUGAGCGAAGCCCCACCGGCUCCUCCACCUCCUGCUCCACCAGCUCCACCUGCUCCUGGUGCACCGAAGGCCGAAGAUGAAUCCAAACGAGAACCCGAACCACCUCCGAGUUCCCCUCAACGCAACAAACCAACAUUGGACCCGCAGGAUGAAAAAGCAUCACUCCAGGUCCGUCCCGUCCUGCAGCGAGGCGGCAGCACCGCCUCCCUCCACAACACCUCGCUGAGGAGCACCAUCUUCCAGCUGAUGAUCCACACGCUGGACCCUCUGGGAGAAGAGUCCGCCCUUAGAGGCGCCGUGAAAACCUGCGGCCCGAGGAAGGCGAGAAGAGAGACCUCCUUUAAUGGUGAUGUCACAGGGGAGAGGUCAGUACAGACGAAAGAAAAGAACCAAGUUAAGCCGGGCAAAUUACAGAGCGAGUCACAUCCCCGCCUCCCUGAAGACGAGGAGCCGAAGCCGACGGAGACCCCCGGAGCCGCCGAGGCGUCCACCUCUCAGCCUCAGGGGGCAGAGAGGAAGAGCGAGGCCGACCCGCCAGACGAGUCCAAGGUGGCUGCUGGGGGGUCGGAGGGGGACAACAGCGGCGACGAGGACAGCGCAGAGUCCGAUGAUGAUGAUGACGGUGACGACGAAGGUGAGGAGCAGAGUGAACCGCUGUCCCUGAAGUGGCCGGACACCCGACAGAAGCAGGUCACCUACCUGCUCCUGCUGCCCAUCAUGUUCCCGCUGUGGCUCACGCUGCCCGACGUGCGGAACCCGGAGUCCAGGCGUUAUUUCCCCAUGUCGUUUAUCGGCUCCAUCAUGUGGAUCGGGGUCUUCUCCUACCUGAUGGUGUGGUGGGCUCAUCAGGUGGGGGAGACUAUCGGUAUCUCGGAGGAGAUCAUGGGCCUCACCAUCCUGGCCGCCGGCACGUCGAUCCCCGACCUGAUCACCAGCGUGAUCGUGGCCCGCAAAGGCCUCGGCGACAUGGCCGUGUCCAGCUCGGUGGGCAGUAACAUCUUCGACAUCACCGUCGGUCUGCCCGUCCCGUGGCUCAUCUACACCCUGCUUCACAACGGCGAGCCGGUCGGCGUCAGCUCCAACGGGCUGUUCUGCGCCAUCGUGCUGCUCUUCCUCAUGCUCCUCUUCGUCAUCAUCUCCAUCGCCGUCUGCCGCUGGAAGAUGAGCCGAAAGUUGGGCCUCACCAUGUUCGCGCUGUACUUUGUGUUCCUCGUGCUCAGCGUCAUGCUGGAGGACCGCGUCCUCGUCUGCCCCGUCUCCAUCUGAGCUCAGGACAAAAAGAGGGGAAAGCGCCUCCAGCGUAGAUUGACGUCGGUUUGUGUAGUGCUCCUUCAGUUUGUUCCAACAACCCCACAGUGCAAUGUCCCGCUUGUUGUAGAUGAUCCGUUAAGUGUCAGAAACACAGACGUCGGUCCGGAUGCAAGCACAAAAAAAUCACCGCAACGCUCCGUGGAUUUUUCUGUCGUAGAGAAUUGUGCAGGAGGAAGUCCAGGAGGUGUUUUCAUAAAGAGCUUUCGUUUUAUUGCGGUUAGCCACAAAAAAAAAAAAAAAAGGUUCUAGGAAUGCAAGCAUCGGUUUCAGUUAAGUGUGGGUGGAGUUUCCCUUCUAAUGUUUAUUUAAAUACAUAACACCAGUAAAGAUUUCACACUCAUCGUGCAGCCCUUCAAGACUACUGGAUGCAACUUCAGUUUUGUAUGUUCAGUAUCAUCUCUAAAACCGUUCUGUAUUCAACCAAACUGUCGUGUUUGUUCAGCGUGGAACAAUUUGUGUGAACAAAUAUUUCAUUUUGUCAACAUAACCGAGACAGUGACGUGUGUGUCUGUGUCAGACUGUCUUAGCUGUGACAAAAGAAAAUUGUUGUCAGGUGUUACUGUCUUGUUAACUUGUCGGAUUGAAGUCGAUGCAAACAUGUGUAAUUGAUAGGGAAACUAUCAAUAUUUCAAAUUGAAAUUCCAUGCUGCAAUAAAUUAUUUUUUUAACAGUGAA